CAGCCAGAAGAACCGCCCUGUGAACGCGACAAACCGCCGCAAAAAUCAUCACUGUCAUCCAAAUUGCUUGACAAAGGCAAACGUAAAAUACGCAUCGUUGUAACCGACAGUGCGGGCGAGCAUACAAGUUACAAUAAUCUACCACGCGAACGUGAACCCAAAAAUGUUAAUGUCGAUUACAACGGUGAUUACGAUCUUUAUAAAACCCAGAGUUUUGCUUUAGAUGGCAAUGGUCGAUCAAAAAAUGAUAAAAAUUGGGAAAAUUGGGAGCGUAUUCGUGAACAGAAAUUAGAACGCAUGAAACAUAUUUGCUUUGAAAGUUACCGUCAAUCAAAGCGGGAUAAAAUGCAACAAUGGAAACCUAAACCGCGACAGCUUGAUCCCUCUUGGUAUACGGACAACAUCUAUUCAAAUCAUUCCGAAGAUCUGGAAGACGAUUAUAUACCCGAUUGUCUCAAAUAUGGGGGCUAUCGUAAGUUACGUAAUAUACGAGAACAUGAUGAACUUUUCAUUGAUACGGGCGAAGAUGAAUUUGCCGACGAUUUCGAAGGUGAAGUUAUAGAGAGGAGGGGUGAGGGGGAAGGAUCAGCAGGCUAUGGUUUGCAGAGAUCGUUUAGUUGUAAAGAAUUUCAUUAUCCUAAAUCGCAAAGUUAUUCAUUUGGCGUCAAUGCUUAUGAAGAAGGUUUGGGUGACGCUCCAACCGUCUCCGGACCGCCACCUCCACCAUCUUUGCCUCCCAGCGCUCCGCACCCUAUACUUAAGAAUCGCACCAAUGUGCCAAAAUCAUAUUCCUUUAGUGCCACAUCGUCAACAUCAGCCAAAACUAUGCCUUUCGAUGUCAUGGACUACGAAGUGCCUCAAUCAAUGACGGGCAAGAGUAGAAGAGAACGACAAGAGGCUUUUCGUAAAUCUAUGGGGUUCUAUUGUAGCAACAGUCUGGAUGAAACGGCUCUAUCAGGUUCCCUUGAAGCUCAUACUUGUUGUGCUCGCGAACAUUGCACCAACGCCAAAUGUCUUCUAGAUGAUAUCUAUUCAGAUAGCUAUGAUUUAGGGGGGCCGCGACGACCCUGGCGUCGUGUGGCCCCUUCUUCGUCAUCGUUGUCUGGUUUUUAUGGUGCUGGCGCCAGCGGUGGUAGCAACAGGAAUCUACAUGAGACCGACUGGUGGGAUGAACGAAACAAUCAUCGUGUGGCAGGGGCUUCGCGCUACUCGCUGCUUUUGGGGCGCGAGCAGCCACAGCCGCCGCCACCUACGGUGAUUUGUUGCUGUGCUGCGGAUACUGACUAUUGCUACCAACGCCAGCAACAACACCACAUAGCCAGACCAGCACGAGCUCGUUAUCACUGCCCCGGCCAUCAUCCGGCCGCCGAAGAGGAGGAGCAUAUGCAUUGUAGAGCGAUGGCUUACGAUACGGAUCUCGAUCAUUUCAUACGUGACGAACGUGAACGUCUCAUGUCGCAAGACAAAUUCCUAGACGAGGAUGAACGUUAUCUUUCCUCCAGUGUACCGCGUCGGCAAUAUUCAUUGUAUCGUAGGCCAACGCGUAGUAAAUCCAUGUUAGAGGUUCAACCACCCAGUCGCUAUGACGAGGAUUCUUGUUCAGAUUCUACGGAAAUGGAUUUACGCGACUUUAACAUAGAUUUAGAAAAAUAUUGGGAGGAAUUAGAAAAACCACCCAGCCCCAUUGACUUAGAUAUGCAACGUCGCAAUAUGCAAAGCAAUCUAAAAGUUAAGAACGUCAAUGUAGGCUGUUAUAAUAAUGGACAACCCAUCGAUUUACAUGAUCGCGAGCAGGAACGCAUGAUGAUAAAGAAAUCAUUGCUGGAAGGCAUGCCUUCACCGCCGCAAGUUGAUCAUUCUUCACCCACGGACGCCAAUAAUGUUGCAAGUAAUUUUCAUUUUUUUGAGGAUGCUGGCUCGCCCCUACACCGCUCCUUCAACUACGGCCACAAAGUAUAUCCGGCAGCCGAAGUUUUACCAUCCUAUCAAUACAAUAAUUUCUAUCCCGAACAAAAUAGCGUUCAAACUCAACAGCCUACUAGCAGUGGGCAUCAUACCUCAGCGGGAGGUCAUUCAGCUCUAAGUCUGAUCAAUAAUAUAUUUUCGAUUUACAAGCCAAAUAAAUACGCACCACAAAACUGCCACUAUAACAAUGAAACCAAACCCGAGCCUUGCAAAAAAAUGAAUGUUCCAAGCACACGGCGUCCCCUAGGUGCACCCCAUUCCGAAUAUAUGCAUUCAAUGAAGCGACCGCUCAUCGUAAGUACCGAGCAACCCCACUUUAAAAUCAUACCAGAGAAGACAGGACUGAAGAUAUCGCCAUUUUAUAAUUACGACCACGAACAGUAUGAAGAAAAACCGCAAACACGCCUUAAAUUGACAAGUACGGCCCGACCGUUAAUGCUUCCGCACUGAUGGUGCUGGACAUUUCCAUGGUAUGGGGGUUGCUAAAGGCUGCUACUGUUACAUAAAAACAACAUAUAUAACAAUAUCACUUAUCAUAAUAAUCAUUAUCAAUAUGAUCGUAGCAUUGAAACAUAUAUAUUCAUUCGAUAUAGCAAACCUCUGAAAGGGAUCAAAACGUUUCUACAACCAUCACAUUUAACGUUCAACAUAUCGUUACAUAAAUUUUGAAAACUUGAAUCCAUACAAAUUUCAUGCAACUUCAACGCUCCAUAAUAAAGAAUUUCCAUGAAGAAUUUGAAAAAUUUACGUAACGUAUGGAUUGUGACGUAUGCAAAGUAAAGUUACAGAGAAGAACAGAAACGUUGACUCCACAUGCCAUUGGAAAAAGGAAAACUUGAAAUUCUAUUACCUGAUAAAUAGUUAAAAACGAAUCGGCAAAAAGAAAAAUCUUAAAUAAGGAGAGAAAACACAAAGAGUAAAGAAGAGGGGAACGUGUUGCAUUUUAUCCUACCGGUACUAACGUUGACUUAAUUUGGCAUUUUUCUGUUUUUUGCUCAAAGCGUGUAACUAAUCGACCGAUUGAUUUGGCGUAUUCUUAAACUAAGGAGGUAAGUCUACUAUAAGGUACGUUUGAGGAGCUUCACUCCACUAAUCCAAAACCAAUCAUUCACUGAAAAUCGCUAAUAAUAACGAAUCGAGAAAACGCUCAAAUUUUUCCAAUUUAAGCAAAUAAAAACAAUUAAUAAAUAAAUAAAGGACAACUUAACAAAACACAACAAG